AUGUCAAAAUCAAGAGUUGCGCUUAUGAAGCGGAAAGACGGAUCACCGGGUAUGCCCACGCCAGCCGGUGACACCUCGGAGAAUCGCGAUCGUAGUGAAAACUGGCCACAAGAGCUUCAUGAAUUACUUGAUUCCACGUCGGAUGCCAGUGAAGUCGAGGACGACCAAGUACCACUGGUCAUACCUCCAAGACCCGGUACACUUCCCCCGACCGAAGCGGAUGCCAUGGACACAACUCCGGACGGUGGCCCGUCAUCAGGCGAUGUAGAUAAUGGUGCCGGUGCUGAUGCCAUUGUCGUCUCCGAAGGGGAAACCAAACAGGCGUCACCACCCCGCCGUCGGUUCGUCAUGCCCGUCCCGCUCCCGCGGCGACGGCCACCGGGCGCUCCCGUAGUUUUUUGCCCUGACUCAGACCCGGAAAGCAAUGCGCCGGUAAGACCGUCAAUUGGCCUGACCAGGCCCGGAAUUACUGGCGUUGCCAGUAGAGUGACGGAUGCUCUGGGAUUGUCGGACACUGAUUCCGAUGUUGAAAUGUUAGACAAGCCCCUGGCUAUGCCGGCGAGAUCUGCAAGCACCGUUGCCACCUCGGUAUCGAGCGGGCGGGCCGGAACACUGGAGUUGUCCGAUGGCGACUCGGAGGGCGAGUCGGAUGUAGACAAGCCCCUGGCUAUGCCGGCGAGAUCUGCAAGCACCGUUGCCACCUCGGUAUCGAGCGGGCGGGCCGGAACACUGGAGUUGUCCGAUGGCGACUCGGAGGGCGAGUCGGAUGUAGGAGGAGCCGUGGGCCGAUUUGUCAUCCCCAGCAGGCCAGCCCGCUUGGGUUCGUCAACACCCGGGUCAAAGACGAGUCGUACCGGCUCCCGCCUCUCUACGACGAUCGACUUGUCAAGCGGCGAUGAAUCCGAAUCGGGGGCGGACGUGCAACCGUUACUCAUCCCACCCAGGCCGGCAAGAGUGGCUACGCCGGUCGCGACUCCGCAGGCUACACUGGUCGCGGCUUCACAAGCUGGUCAUGCCUUUGCGCAUCCGCAGUUCUCCCCUGCUCGUGCUGCAACGCCGUUGGAUUUAUCAUCAGGUGACGAGGAAACGGAGCUGGGAGGAAUCGAGCAACCAUUAGUCAUCCCGCCCAGGCCGGCGAGAACAGCUACGCCGGUCGCCGCUCCGCACGCCGGACAUUCCUCCAGGCUUCCGCAGUUCUCCCCUUCCUUGGGACCCUCAACGAUGAACGCCGGUCGCUAUCCCCCUCGUGGAAGAGGCUCGGGUGUACAUGCAUUGAGCAGUAGCCCGGCCCGCGACUCCCCUGCGUCUGACCAUGUCGCUGGCCCGUCAGGCUUCGACGCUCGUGUAGGUAGCAGUUCUCCAUUCCGCGGGACUUCCUCUGAAGCCGGGCGAUCGCAGUCCCCUAGCGGGAGGCCUGGGCCUUGGCGCACCGCAGUAUCACCAUCGGAGGAGGAAUUUCAAGUUGCCCACGGAAUCGUACGGGGUCCCACGUACGAAGGCCCCCUUCCGACGAUGCUGCGAAGGCAGAUGCAGGAGAGCAAUGUUGUGAAGGCUCGAUUGGAGGCACUGCGAGAAAUGAAGAAGGCAAACAGGCAAGGCGCGGAAAUGCUGCAAAGGCUGAGGGAGCGCUGCGGCGCGGAUAGAGAGUAG